CCCUGCACGCGACGAUGACCAAGUACAUCCUCGUAUCCGGCGGCGUCGUCAGCGGCAUCGGCAAAGGGGUCAUUGCCUCAUCGACCGGCCUGCUGCUCAAGACCGCCGGGCUGAAGGUCACGGCGAUUAAGAUCGACCCGUAUAUGAACAUAGAUGCGGGGACUAUGCGCCCAUCCGAGCACGGGGAGGUUUACGUGCUGAACGACGGCGGCGAGGUCGAUCUUGAUCUGGGAAACUACGAGCGAUAUCUUGAUGUCACGCUCUCUCGCGAUAACAACAUCACGACGGGCAAGGUUUACAGGGACGUCAUUGAGAAGGAGCGCCGGGGAGACUAUCUUGGGAAGACUGUGCAGAUCGUACCACACCUCACGAAUGCUAUUCAGGAGUGGAUAGAACGCGUCUCUAAGAUUCCGGCAGAUGAGACGGGUACGGAGCCCGAUGUCUGCAUUGUUGAGCUCGGUGGAACUGUUGGUGACAUCGAGUCCGCGCCCUUCGUAGAAGCCAUGCGCCAGUUCCAGUUCCGCGUUGGCCACGAAAACUUCGCCCUCAUCCACGUCUCUCUCGUGCCCGACAUGCACGGCGAGCAAAAGACGAAGCCCACGCAGACGACCGUGCACGCACUGCGGGGUCUCGGACUCCUUCCCGAUCUCAUCGCAUGUCGUCUGACCGUCUCGAAGCCUCUUGAAACUGCUACAAAGGAGAAGAUCUCUAUGUUCUGCCAUGUCCACCCGGAUCAGGUCAUCGGUGUGCACGACCUAGCCUCCGUCUACCACGUCCCGCUCCUCCUUCAAUCACAAGGAAUCGUGAAAUAUCUCCGAAAACGUUUGAAUCUGGACAGCGUCAACAUCAGUCCUGCUAUGUUGGAGCGCGGUCAGAGCAUCGAGAAUCGUUGGAAGCAGAUGACUACUGGGCAGGAGAGGUUCUUUGAGACUGUGUCAAUUGCUCUCGUCGGCAAGUACACGGACUUCAAGGACUCCUACAUGUCGGUCGUCAAGUCGCUCGAGCAUUCUGCGUUACGCUGCCAGCGGAGGUUGAUCAUCCACUGGGUUGAAUCCGAAAACUUGCAACCCGAGAUGCAAGAGCAGGAACCCGCCAAGUAUCAUGACGCCUGGAGACUCGUCGUCGGCGCAGACGGCAUUCUCGUCCCAGGUGGAUUUGGUAGCCGCGGGAUUGAGGGCAUGAUACUUGCCAUCAAAUGGGCUCGCGAGCAGAAAAAGCCCUUCUUGGGCAUAUGCCUUGGCUUCCAAUGCGCGGUGAUUGAAUGGUGUCGCAACGUUCUGGGCUUACAGGGAAGCUCCUCCACUAACAUACUGCUCUACAUAGGCGCCAACUCCGCUGAAUUCGUUCCAGAUUCGCCAUCCUCACCCUCCGUAGUGGUCUUCAUGCCGGAGAUUUCAAAGACUCAUAUGGGCGGUACGAUGCGUCUCGGCCUCCGGCCGACGGUCUUCUCGGAGGGAACCGAGUCCUGGAGCAAGGUGCGCGCGCUCUACGCCGGCGCAGGCAAGAUCUGGGAGCGUCACCGGCACCGAUAUGAGAUCUCGCCCCCGCACGUCGAGCAGAUCGAGGCGAGCGGGCUGCCGUUCAUCGGCAAGGACGAGAAGGGCGAGCGGAUGCAGUGCCUCGAACUGCUCGAUCACCCGUACUUCGUCGGCCUGCAGGCGCACCCUGAGUUUUGCACGCGUCCGUUGAACCCCUCCCCGCCAUUCUUGGGCUUCGUUGCCGCGGCGUGCGGGCCGAGCGUGCUGCAGGCGCAAAUGGAAGCGCAGCGCAAGACGUUCAAGCCCCCGCAUCCGGAGCACGCGAUGGUCAGCGAGGCGUUGCUGAGGAACGAGGGGGAGCCGCUCCCGACAGAGACGCCACAGGCAAACGGGGUCGCCAACGGUUCUGCAUAG